AUGGGUGAUUUGUUACCGAGUAUACCGAAAAGUACGUUGGCCAGUGAGGUAGACGGUCACAAGUGGAGUGUUGGCUUGGAUACAUACAACACUGAUGAAGAACUGGCUGCCGUUGAACUGUUCAAGGAUUAUCCAGAAGGUCUCCUGCGUUUUGCAUCAGUUUGCUGUGUGUUGUUCAUGCUUGUGGGCAUCCCUGGAAAUUUGAUUACGAUCGUCGCUUUGGCGCGAUGUAAGAAGGUGCGGAACGCGACGGCAGUGUUCAUAAUGAAUCUCUCCUGCUCAGACCUGCUUUUUUGCUGUUUCAAUCUACCGCUAGCAGCUUCAACGUUCUGGCAACGGUCUUGGUCCCACGGGAGAACACUUUGCAGGAUGUUUCCUUUAGCGAGAUACGCACUAGUCGCUGUGUCACUGUUCACUGUGCUUGCUAUCACCAUUAACAGAUAUGUUAUGAUCUCGCAUCCGAGGCUUUACCCUAAACUCUACAAAAGGCAGUUUUUGGCUGUGAUGGUGGCUAGCACGUGGGCGUUUUCAUUUGGGGCUUUAAUAGCGACUUGGCUUGAAAAAUGGGGGCGCUUUGGCUUGGAUCCCUCAAUCGGAUCUUGUUCUAUACUACCUGAUCGUAACAAUCAUUCGCCAAAGGAAUUCUUAUUCGUUGGAGCCUUUAUGCUACCUUGCCUAGCUAUAGUCAUAUGCUACGCCCGCAUAUUUUGCAUAGUUAGAGAAGCGGCAAGACGCUCUCGUGCCCCAGGUCGGGGGCGGCCGAGACCUGGCUUAGAAGAUUCCGCAGUGGGUUCCGCGUCUACUGCAUUGGAAAGAUCUCCAGGACCUGAAAAUGGCUACAACCACAUCGCACCUCCUAGGAAGGCUCUACUUGCUCCGCCCAUUUUACACUGCCCUCCAACACCGGGGCCAGAACGGUCAUCUUCAUCUGGUGUUGACACACUAGACGGUCAUGACGAUGAAUGUGCUCUUGAUGCUAAGCCAAGAACUCCAAAUAGCGGAGACACGGCUAAACGACUGCGACAGGCUGCCGUAGCUUUGAAACGUUCCCCUGCUCCCGUCAGACCGCCACGAUUAACACCGAAGGAUCGAAAACUGUUAAAAAUGAUAAUGGCAAUUAUGCUUUCGUUCUGGGUCUGUUAUUUGCCGAUAACUUUAACAAAACUGUUUCGAGAAUUCACGUCCCACCCGGCUGCAAAUAUUGCGGGGUAUAUUCUGAUAUAUUUGACGACAUGCAUCAAUCCCAUCAUUUACGUCGUGAUGUCUAGUGAAUAUCGGCAGGCGUACAAAAAUUUGCUUAUGUGUAGAAGACGGGCG